CGACGUCGAAGCACUGCAGGAUUGAUGACAUUAAAAGCACUAUGAAGACCGCACAUUGUAGGCUCAUAAUCAUUCUAUUGUGGAUCAAUUGCUUUCUUAUCAGCCUGGUUCAAAGUGACGAUGACAAAUUGUCUUCUAGUUCACGGGAAGACUCUCUUCCCGAAGAUAUAGAAGAACAUGACCAACAAAUCGGUGAAAAUCUGGUUUCGGCACAGCUAUUUGCCAUCAUUGACCUAUACAAACAGGAAGAUCCGGUCGGGUUGCCAGGAGCUACAGUACCAGAUCCUAUGCCCAUUCCAGAAAUCAAACAAUCGUUUUCGAUUGCAAAGAUGCAUAUGAAAAACGUAUUGGCUUAUGGAUUAUCCAAGUUUCGUAUCAAGCUGCUCAAGACCGAACUACAUACAAUGAAGGUCCAAACCGGAGUACAGAUUGACGAGAUGUUAGUAAAGGGCAAUUACACAAUGAGCACAUUCUUCAAUAGAGCUGAAGGACCUUUUACCGUUGUAUUAAAAAACGUGAUGACAAAGGGAAACGUGUCUCUUGGUGUUGAACGGGACGGCAAGGUCCGGACGCAAGACAUCAGUCUUGACAUCGCAUUCGACGAUAUGUCAAUGGAUUUUCAGAAUUUAGGGUUUAUGGGUAGUAUUUUCCAAAGUGUAGUAAAUUCCGCAUCCAACCUUGUGUUCGACACUAUUAAACCUUUUAUGCUAAGUGAGGCAUAUUCGAAGAUUCGCGCCGAAAUUGACACACGAGUAGAAAAUGUGACGAGUGAAAAUAACAUUCUGUUUCCUAACUCGAUAUCUCCUUUGGAUAUGGCUAUCGGAGAAGCACGUACACUUAUUCGCAAUAAGAAAUUCGAUCCGUACUUAAUCCCGGAUUACAACACAACCGCGGGAAUAUUCGGCAUGCACACGGCCCAUACUUGGAUCAAGGGAAUUUCAAGUUUCUACCGAUAUGGCAAUAUAGGGGUUACCAUGCAGAAUAAUACAGUGGCACUAACGAUGCAGGUGGGCACGCAAAGAAUUAUGGGAUCAACUCAGUGGGAGGUUUCGGUAGGGCGUGGAAUGAUUUCUCGCGCAGGGCAAGCUCAAUUUACCGUAGAGCAUAUUAAGGUAGCAUUCGAAGUUCAACAACCAUUAGAUCUGCGUAAAAAACCCAAGCUGAACGAUAUUCAACUAGAAUUGGGAAAUAUUCAGGUUCGUUGUGAUGGAGCGGGUACAUUGGAUUACGUUGUAGAAGCAGUGGUAAACAUUUUACCGAACUUGUUGCGUUAUCAGAUCAUGGAUGCUAUCGAAAACCCGCUCAAGAUUCGUAUUCAGGAAAAAUUAGAUUGCAUCAACGUUGAACAAAUGAUCAAAAAGCACGUGUUGGAUUACGAAAAACAUGGAUUUGCAAUGGAGAUAGAUUUAAAGAUUUGUUAGUGCAAGAAUUCCAUCAAUAUUUGCCGAUUGUGAAUGUUUGAAAUCUGAUUAAAGCUUUUGUUGAAGUUUCUAAUUUCUUUGAAUUCCUUAUAGGUGCAUUUAGGGGACCGUAACCGAGGGGGUGGGGCUAAGCGUUAACGUGCAUUUUAUUUUACUAUGCCGAAUAAAUAAAACGGUCGAAAAAAUACCGGGAACUAUUAUAGUCCCGCUUAGAAAUGAGCGCUAGUUCCCGCAAUGCACCUAGAUUGUAAAUUCAUUUAAUACCGUAAUCUGUUAUAAUUCAACCUCCAAUUAUAAUAAUUCAACCAAUUUUUAAACAAAAAAUUGUAAGCUAUCCAGAAUAUAGAUUGAUAGAACAAAUAAAUCGUGAACAACAAUUUUAAUUAAGUCGUCACAUGAAUUUAAAGCAUAACUUUAUCACUGUGAUCGACGUGGGAUCGACUGAUUGGUUUCGGUCAGAAGGAAAGACUCUUACGUUGUGAUACCAAAGGGAUUGCUUUUCGGCAUACAUAUUUUUUGUCUGCUACACUUCUUUCGUUUCGGGCACAAAGAUGAAAAACUCUAUAAUUUCUAA